AUGGUGGGCUUGCAAAAUGCUGGCAAGACUUCGUUAUUGCGCGUUCUCGCCGGCGGCGAAUUCACCCUCGACUCGAUUCCAACCGUCGGUUUCAAUAUGAAGAAGGUACAGCGCGGCCAUGUCACCUUAAAAUGCUGGGAUAUAGGCGGCCAGCCUCGGUUUCGAACCAUGUGGGAGAGAUACUGCCGGGGUGUGAGCGCCAUUGUCUUUAUCGUGGAUAUUGCCGACACCCCUCUGAUCCCCCAAGCCAAGGAAGAGCUCCAUGAUCUAAUGAGUCGCAAGUCACUCGAGGGCAUCCCACUUCUUAUUUUGGGGAACAAGUCCGAUCUUCCGGACAAGCUUUCGGUGGACGAGUUGAUUGAUGAGUUGGACCUCAAGAGCAUACGAGGCCGUGAGGUGUGCUGCUAUGGUAUCAGUGCGAAAGAAGAGACAAACCUUGACGCUGUAGUCGAGUUUCUAAUGAAGUAUGCCACGCGCCCAUAA